UGUUGGAGCUCGUGGACUAGCUCAGCCACGUGUCUGAACGAUUAUGGAGAAGUGUACCGAGAGCAUGUGCAUGGCCUAGAGGAGCGGCAAGAAGGGGGCGAGGGAGGCUACAACCAGCUGCUCCUGGUGGCCACGCCCAGCUCAGGGAGCCCAGCGUCAUCUGCCUGUCUGCCCCAGCCCACUGACUCUGUUACAGUGGAGGCUCUAUUAGAUCCAGGGGGAAAGUCCUCCCAGGUCCCACCCAUAGUGGUGCUACAGGGGUCGGCUGGCAUGGGUAAGACAACACUGGAGAAAAUGGUGCUGGACUGGGCCACUGGCACCCUGUACCCGGGCCAGCUGGAUGAUGUCUUUUAUGUGAGCUGCAGAGAAGUGGUCCUGCUGCCGGAGGGCAGACUGGACCAGCUCCUCUUCUGGCGUUGUGGGGAAAAUCAAGCGCCCAUCAUAGAGAUUCUGAUGCAGCCGGAAUGGCUCCUGUUCAUCCUGGAUGACUGCGAUGAGCUGCAGAGGCCCUUUGCAGAGAGGUUGAAGAGGCCGAGGUCCAGUCCCACGGAGGAUGUGCUGCACCUUCUGAUGGGGAGGAAUGCUAAUGCUCCCAGGUCCGCCCUUCUCAUCACCACCUGGGUGCUGGCUUUGUGAAAUUUGGAGUCCUUGCUGAGACAACCACACCAUGUCCACAUCCUAGAGAAGGCUGAGAGGAGGAGGUAUUUCAACUCCUACUUCACAGAUGAGGAGCAAGCCAGAAAUGCCCUUGACAUUGUACAAAGAAAUGAUGUUUUCAACAAAGCAUGUCAGGUUCUAGGCAUUUGCUGCGUGGUCUGCUCCUGGCUGAAGGGGCAGAUAGAGCAAGGCAGAGAGGUCUUGGAGAUGCCCGGUAAUUGCACUGACAUCUUCAUGGCCUACGUCGCCACCUUCUUGCCCCACAGUGCUCUUGGGGUCUGCUCUGAGCUUACCCAGGACAAGGUCCUGAGGUUGUGCCCCUUGGCAGCUGAGGGCAUCGUGUUUGAAGAAGGUGACCUCAGGAAGCACAGUUUAGAUGGGCUCAGCCUUGCUGCUUUCAUGAGCAGCAACAGUUACCAAGAGGGACUUGACAUCCAGAAGUACAGCUUUUACCGCAUUAGCUUAUAGGAAUUUUUUCAUGCCAUGUCCUACCUGGUGGAAGAGGACCUGAGCCAGCUGGCGGGGGGAGAGUGCUGCAGAGAACUGAAUAGGCUGCUAGAUGAAAAGAAGCAGACAGGGAGUGAGGCGAGGGCCCUCAGUAUGCAGUUUUUAUUGGACAUAUCAAAAAAAGAGGGCUCCUCGAACUGGGAGCUAAAGUUCUGCCUCAAAAUUUCUCCCUCGAUAAAGCAGGAUCUGAAGUGUUUUAAAGAACGAAUGGAUUCUAUAAAGCAUUUCAGGACUUGGGAUUUGGAAUUCUCCCUGUAUGAAUCUAAAGUAAAGGGUUUGAUAAAGGGUGUUCAGAUGAGUGAUGUAUCGUUUAAGAUGGAACAUUUCAGUGAAAAGAAAUUCCAUAGAAGGAACUCAUUUUCUGUCAAAACCAGUUUGAGUAAUGGAGAGUGAUGAAAUAAAAUGUAUACUUUAAGGCAGGACGAGAAAAUUUAAACAUAAAAUUCUCUCUGCCCGUUUGGGCCUCUUCCCUCCCUCCCUGAUGUGCGGUGUGCAUCUGCAUUACACGUUAACCAGAGCUCCCCAAAGGUGGGAGUGCCUGCUCAACUGUGAAGAUCACUUCUUUCCCUUUCUUCUGAUGCUAGCAAUGUAACUUCUUAAAAGAUUCGCAUUCUUUCCCAACUCUGUAUGUGGGUCAUGGUGACUUACUGCUCGCUUUGUACAUGCUUACCUGAACUACUUAUCUUUGGUGAACUUUAUGUAAAAUAUCAGUAUGUCAUUUUGA